ACAAUGCCAAACACAACCGAGAACAUCACCUCUCUCUCUCUCCUCGAGGUCCGAAAAUGGAUGAGAAGACACAGCAAGAGCGAGAAGAAGCCCACCGCCUCAAAACCCUAGCAGAGCAGAAAUACAAGUCUUCCAACCUCAAAUCAGCCCUAAAAUACGCCAAGAGAGCUCACCGUCUCUUCCCCAAACUCGAUGGCCUCUCCGAAACCCUCACCGCCUUCAAAAUCCUCCGCGUCGCCGCCACCGCAAGCGCAACACUGGACUGGUACAAGGUCCUCCAGAUCGAGCCUUUCUCUCACAUCAACACCAUCAAGAAACAGUACAAGAGGCUCGCCCUAGCCCUGCAUCCAGACAAGAACCCCUUCGCUGCCUCGGAAGAGGCGUUUAAGCUCGUCGGCAAUGCGUUUCGUGUGUUAUCCGAUAAGAUUCGGCGGAAGGAGUAUGAUAUGAAGCUAAGAAUCGCAAUGCAAUCGGCGGCGAUGGCGGAGGGAGGCGGAGGAGGAGCGGUGGAUGCGUUUUGGACUGCUUGUUCGACUUGCCGAUUGUUGCAUCAGUUUGAGAGGAAGUAUUUAGGGCACAAUUUGAUGUGUCCGAGUUGUAAGAAGAGCUUUAAGGCUGUGGAGGUUUCGGAGAGUGUUUCGGGUGGUGAAGAAGAAGAUAAAAUUGGAACUAGGUCUAGUGCUAGGAUUAGGGCUAGGGGUGGUGAGAAGUCAGGAAGUAGGGAAUUGAAGCGGAAAAUGAUCAGUGUUGGCGAGGUUUUGGAGAGGUCAAGGCCUGUUCAAAGAUCGAGAAGUGUUGAUUUGAAUGGUGAUUUGGGUAGUGGUGAUGGAGUUUUUGAGAGAUUGAGGUCGAAGAAGGUUAAAGGAUCGAGAUUUGUGGAUAAGAAAGAGGAAAGAGCUGCUGGGGUUGAGGUAUUGGAGAAAACAAAAUCGAAAUCAAAGUCUAAGAGGACGAAAAGUGGAGAAGAAACAAUGACUUUAGCGGAAAUGCAAAUGGUAGCGAAGCUAAAGGUGCACGAGGAAAAGAUGACAAUGAGGUCGAAGGAAAAACAGAGAGAAAAGGGUAAUAAGGAGAGUGAGAGGGUGAAAGAAAAGGAGAAGGAGAAGCGUGGAAAUUUAGAAACCGAGAAAGAUAAAAGAGCUUCCAAAUGUGGGGAUUCGGGAAAAAUGGCAGUGGAAGAUUCGGAUUUCUACGAUUUUGAUAAAGACAGAGUGGAGAAAAGUUUUAAGAAAGGGCAGGUGUGGGCUAUUUACGAUGAUGAUGAUGGAAUGCCAAGGCUUUAUGGCUUGAUUGAUGAAGUUCUUUCAGUGAAUCCUUUUGAGGUGAAGAUGAGUUGGUUAGACCUUCAGAGUAAUGGAGAUGAGAGGCUGAUUUGUUGGGAGAAGAUGGGUUUUCAUAUUUCUUGUGGGAGGUUUAAAGUGUCAAGGAAGACUUCAAUUAAUUCUGUGAAUGUUUUUUCUCACGUUGCAGAUGCUGAAAGAGAGGCAAGAGAAGUGUAUAGGAUUUAUCCAAAGAAGGGUUUGGUGUGGGCACUUUAUAAGGAAAAUGCUUUGGACAAUGAAGAGAGGAAUGCUUUGAUCAAGGAUGAAAGAUGCUAUGACAUAGUUGUGUUUUUAACAAGUCAUAGUGAGAUACAUGGGUUGAGCAUGGCUUACCUUGAGAAGGUUGAUGGAUUCAAGACAGUAUUUAGGAGAAAAGAGAUUGGUUGUCAUGCUAUCAAAUGGCUUGAAAAAGAUGAUUUUCGGUUGUUUUCACAUCAGAUUCCAGCAAGGAAGCUUUCUGUGGAAGAGGGCUCAGACCUUUCAAAAGAUUGUUGGGAACUUGAUCCGGCCUCGCUUCCUCCUGAGUUGCUUACUGUUGGUUGACAUAAAUAGUGGACUCUUUUCUGGUGCUAAACCUAAUGCAGUGCUAAACUUGAUGUGCUAUGUAUGCAUAUUUGGUUCUUUUGUCUCUGAGCCCUUUCUAUGAAAGGUUACAGCGUUCCAAGGGCCGAAAGGACUACAGAGAAACUGAAUUGCAAACGUGCCAAACCACAGAUCUGCUUGAAGAAGCCCUGGAAUGGGAUCCUGAUGGGUACUAGACCCCUUAGGCUAAAGUUGGCUAGUCUCAGUCUUGACAAAAGUUUGAUUGAUGGUAAGCAUGGUAGUUAAUAUAGUUAUAAUCUUGACUUGACACACCUGAUCUCUUUUGAGUAACCACCAAUAUUAGCCUAAACAAGUUUUGAUCUCUCUAGAAUACAAAAGCUCUGUUAUUUACCUGUUUGAGAGAGAAUGAUUGCAUAGCACCAACCCCAUCAUUCCAACAUCUUUUUUUCCUCUUGUAUGAAAAUUUUCAUGGUGAAAGGCUCGACACUGACAGUAGGAAAUUGUUUGUAGUGUAAAAGUUUCCAUUAUAUUGAAUUCGAUCUUAUUCCAUAAUUUCAACAAA